AUGGAUGAGGUACGAUUCCGCAACGUCUCUUUACCGCAUUCCAGGUACUUGAAUUUGAACCCAGAGAACAAGAAACUCUAUACGAAACUGAAGAAUAUUGAAGCUUCUAGUGUAGAUAGGACGUGUAGUGAUCCCGGUUUCGAAGCCGUAGCAGCUGCAUAUCUAAAGGUGUUCGACGACGUGAUAACGACAGUAGAGGAAAAGCCGUCAGACGUGCAACCUGCUUGCGAUCGACUAGCCGCUAUCGGAAGAAUGCACCGGGCAAAGGCUUCAAAUAUACCAAAUAACGCGUUCGAAGAAAUGGAGGAACCGUUUGUUCACAUGGUGAAAGAUAUCUUACAAGAUCGUUUCAACGAUAAAGCCGAAAUCCUAUUUCGAAAGUUUUUCCAAUUUUGCUUAAAAUAUUUGUUAGAAGGUUUAAACAGUUAG